AAUUAAAUCCAUUGGACAUUAAAUAUUUCUCAUUUUCCCAAUGUCAUGUUUUUGACAAAAGUGAAAACAUUAUAAAUAAACGUAAUUUUUCUCGUUUAAAUAAAAAAGUAGAGUAAUCUCAAUGCACAUUAAAUAGUCGUUAAAUCGCGUGAAUAAUAUCAAACGUAAAAAACAAAAAUAGACGGAGGGAGUACUAGAUGAAAGCUACCUUUUAAUGCAAAAAGGUCAGCUUUUACCCUUUUUUUUUUUUUUAAACUCAAAAAGGCUAACUUUUACUUAUGAGGUUUCACUUAAGUUAAAAAUAAGGUAUAUCAAUAUAAUCCGUAAAAGUUAAGAAUAUCAAUAUAAAAGUUAGCUACGGUGUAGUAAAAGUUAAGAGAAAUUGUAUAUCAUUUUACCUAACUUUUGCUACAUGAAGGCCCACAAAAUCACAAAAUCUAUCUAUACUAAUAUAUGUAACAAGGAUCGAACACUAGACCUCUUCGUUAAAAGUUACACUUCCUACUAUCUUAACCAACGUACCACAACUUACAUUACAUCUUUCUAUAUAAACAUAUAUAUUCUUUUGACGUUAAAUAAUACAUUAAAUAAAAGUGGAUGCCAAAAAAGGAAUGAUUACUUGAUUUAUAAAUGUACAGUUAUUACUUUUCUAGCUUAAACCUCAAAAACAAAAAGAAAAAAAUACGGUGUAGUGUAAUAAUGAAUAAGUGGGGAAAUAUUGAGGGGGGUUGAGUAAUAUAUCAAAUAAUGAUGAAGAAAAGUAUCUAACUUUGUUUUGAUUUUCGAAUGCGGGGUUUCAUAUUUGGGAAGAUUGUCGAUUGGCCACUAAUCUUGUGUCACCACCAUAAUGUGAUGUCAUUUAAUGUCGACGAAGACACGAUCUAUAUGUGCACAUUUUUACAAAAUAAAUAAAGCCGAAUAAAAGUCAAAACCCGCACAACGCCCUGACCACACACUAGUUAAUCUGUUAAUAGCCGUGGAAAUUAGGGUUUCGCUUUCGGCCAAAUUUCGGUGAAGAGUUUCGCGCACUGGUGGGUUUUAGGUAAUUGAUCCGAUUAUUUAAGUUAUGAGGUGGAGUACGAGAUUACUCAGGAGAUAGUGGUGCCGGAGAAGAAGAUUAAUCAGAAGGUUCCUCUGGAGUUGAUGAGGUCGAGGAAGAAGAAGGAGCUUCCUUGGGAGUUGGUGAGGUCGAGGAAGAAGCUUAUUCGGGAUUUUAUGAAGAAACAUCCUCGGGGGUUAGUGGCUUCGAAGAACAAGCAGAAAAUGACUCCGGAUUUGGUGCAGUCUAACAAGGAGAUUCCUUGUGAGUUGAUGCAGUCGAAGAAGACAAAGGAGACUCCUCCUGAGUUAGAGGUAUUGAAAGAUAUGAAUGUAGAUAUGGAUGAAUUAAGUAAGUAGUUAUUUCCUGGUAAUCCUAUGAAAUAUUGGGAUGAGAAAAUACUUCGUAUUGUUUAAGCAAUUAGAUAACAAUUAUGAAGAAGACGAUGAAGAAUAUUAUCAUGUUGAAGAUGUGACAAUGAAAUUGGGAAGUUUAAUCACAGAUGAAUGCAAAAAGGAUGACUUGAUAAUUAAUCAUGACAUCAAACGUGGCGAGCUUGUUGAUAUUGAAUCCCUGUUGUUCCCUUGUCGAAACGAUUACCUGGUUAGUAGAGAUGGUCGUAUUGUUACAGCUGAGAAUAUUAGUGGUAAAUUUGUCAUGAUUUGUUGUUUCUUCUUGCCUCGUUGCUGGUCUAGCUCUGCCUGGAAAGCUGCAACAGCAUGUUAUGAUAUGUACUCUAAAUUGAAAGGUGAUUUUGAGAUGGUAAUUGUGGCAAAUAUGAGAAGUGGUUGGACAUGUCAUAAGGCUGCCUUGAACAAAUUCUUAGACGCCUUUCCUUGUUGUUGCCUUGCAGUCCCGUAUCAUGCUAAGUCUCGUCGUAAUAAUUUAUGCAAGUUCAUUGGUGGAAGUUUUAUCGUGUAUCUGAGUUUAAAAAUGAAUCAGUCCGUACGGAUGCUUUGAAGAAUCUCAAGAAUCCAUCUUCUCUCGAGGACUUUUUAUGUUGCAAAAAGUCCGACUUUGUCUUCAGGAAGGUUUCUCUAGGAAAUGGGAGAUUCCGUCUUGAGAAUGUGGCUAUUUCAGAACUCAAAUCCAAGCUUGUAGGGCUGUACCUCUACACUACGGGACAUUUGUUUCCUUUGCUUCCUAAAAUUGCAGAAGAGUGUUUGCAAAGUGGCAAUGAGUUGGAGAUUGUGGUGGUUUAUGUUCCUGGAGUACACAGAAGCCAGGAUCCGCGAUUGUUCUUAAAGGCUUUUUACAAUGUGUUAGCGAAGAGGAAUCUAUCUUGGUGGAUUGCACCCUAUAACAAUACUACAUCCAUUGUCCUGGAAGAAAUGUUUGAGAAGGGAGAAAAGGUAGUCAUUUUGGGACCCGAUGGCCAAUUUGUUGAUACUCGUGGAGCAGAACUCAUGCAGCUUUAUGGUUCGUAUGGAUAUCCCUUCACUCUCGAUUCUAUUAUCCACAAAACUCUGAAAGAGCUAAAGCAAGUCACCCUAGAGUCCUUCUUGAAGUCACUAGAAAUCCCUCCUUGUACAGGGAAAAAGAAGAAGAAGAAGAAGGUUCUGUUUUACUUCGAUUAUCCAUUCUGUAUCCAUACUAAGAUUUAUGAUGCAGUUAAGCGUUUCAGCAAGUAUGAUGAUGUGGAAAUUAUAAUGGUCUCCUUUAGUGAUGAAGAUUUCGCGAGCAAGAUGAUUAAACUCGAAGACAGUGAUAACUCACAUAAGGUAGUGUGUCAUACAAAGAGCUUCGACAGGAGUAACAAGUUUUUCUUAAGGUUCUUCAAUAGUCAAUUUCCUACUAUUGUUGCAUUCGGAAAAGAUGGCAGGAUUUGUUCAGUAUAUGCUCAUCUCCUUCCAUCUUCUGAUGAGAAUAAAGCUCAAAUUAAAGGUAAUCUACUUGAAGAAGUUACGUCAAAAUUGGCUCAUCUUUUAGAAAAUUAUGUUAAAGAGGAGGUGAGGUUUUAUCGGGAUAAUGACUUUUUUUCAGAAGGACUAGAGUACAGGCGAACUAGGUUCUGGUAGACAUUGUUGUGGGUCCAUCCCACUUUUGUGGGCCAUUUGACCGAAUUGGUAAAAAAAGUGGAUGUUAAGUGACAAAUUGGUAAAAAAAGUGUCUCAUGCGACAAUUUGGUAAAUUUAAAUCACAACGGCUACGAAUAGGUCACAAAACCGGUCGGAAUUUAGAAAAUCUAAUCGCGUGACUCACACGCUCCUAAUAUUAAAGUUAAUCUGCUUGAAGAAGUUACUUCUAAAUUGGAUCAUGUUUUAAAAAAAUAUGUUGAAAAGGAGGUGAAGUUUUAUCGCGAUAAUGACUUUUUUUUAGGAGGACGGGAGAAAAGGCGAAAGUAAGUUCUGGUAGACGUUGGGUAUGCUUGAAAUCGCAAUGAAUGACAGACAAAAAGAGACAUUUUAUUUACAGUUUGGUUUGUACUAAGAAAGUAAGAAUAACGUUUCCCGUCAAAAAGAAAAAAGAGAAAAAAAGAAUAACGUUUGUAUUAUAAUUUGGGUCGGGCAAAGGAUGUUUGUUGUUAAGCAAUAAUGUCAACAGUUAGUGGACUAGCUGGAAAUAGACUCCCCAAAGUUAGAGUGCCAUACUUGUGCGUCGAUAAAUGUCUGAUUAAUUCUGCACCAGGGCACGUCUUUUACUCA